AUGAUACUCCUCACUGCGAUGGAAUUGAGGAAAUGGCUUGGUUUCCGACAGGAGAACCAGGAGGCUACACGGCCCAGGUUCGUGGAACUCAGGUCAUCAAGAUGGUUCAUUACUUUUGUUGUUUCGUUCGCUUCCGGAACGGAUAUCUUCAUGUAUGGCCUAUUCGUACCUGUCACACCUACUGCGCUGCAAAUUAGAGUAGGCAUUCCUGAGGAAAGGGUACAGGCCUGGACAUCAAUUCUUUUGGCUUUGUUCUCGGCCGCUAUGUUGGUAUUUUCACCUAUUGUCGGGUACAUUGCAGAUCGAUCCGAGUCCCGGCGAUGGCCGUUCCUUUUUGGCCUAGUCGGGCUGGGUGUAGCGACUGCCGUGCUAUGCAUUGGGACUAGCGUCGGGCUUUGGGUUGCUGGUCGGUUGUUUCAGGGUGCUGCGGCUGCUGUUGUCUGGGUGGUUGGGAUUGCGCUGAUGGCUGAUACCCUUGGAAAAGACGGACUUGGUCAAGCUAUCGGAUAUAUGGCGAUGGCUGGCAGUGUUGGAACGCUCGCGGGCCCUCUUCUCGGGGGCGUUCUCUACCAAGAGUGUGGAUAUUAUGCAGUCUUUGUUCUUGCCUUUGUAUUGAUCGGGCUUGAUAUCUUGCUGCGAUUGAUGUUGAUCGAGAGAAGACAUGCGAUCAAAUGGCUUGCACCGGAGAUGAGGCCACUCGCAGCUACGGAAAAUGAAGCAGGAGAUCCAACAAAUCCGCCGAAUCUUACUCCUACCUGUGACAGCCAAGGAUCCCUAAAAACCUCCGCUUCACGAAGUGGACUUGGACGUGUCAGCUUUCUCUUAACCUCGUCCCGUCUUAAGGCGGCCCUAUGGGGAAACUUCCUCAUUGCACUAUUACUGUCCUCAUUCGAUAGUGUUCUUCCACUAUUUGUGCAAGGGACAUUUGGAUGGCGGCAAAGUGCCCAGGGAUUGAUAUUUCUCCCGCUUAUAGUACCGCACGUGUCUGAACCUGUAACUGGGUUCGUUAUCGACAGGUUUCCGAGGUCUUCUCGCUACAUUACCGCGGGGGCAUUCCUAACCUCAGUUCCCCUACUAGUCCUUCUCCGACUUGUGGUGGAUAAUUCUACACAUCACAAGAUUCUGCUUUGCGCAAUUCUCGCACUUCUCGGUCUCUGUUUUGCCGUCACCUUGCCGCCUCUCGAUGUGGAGGUAUUCCAUGCCGUCAAAGAAAAAGAGGACCAAGACCCCGAUGCUUUUGGUGGGGGUGGAGUUACAGCGCUGGCCUAUGGCCUAACAAACAUGGGUUUUGCCGCUGGCAGCCUUAUUGGGCCGUUUUUCGCUGGCUUCAUUCGUCAGCGGGCUGGUUGGGGAACUAUGGGCUGGGCGUUGGGAUUGAUAACUGGAGUAUCAGCCAUCCCAAUAUUGUUUUUCAUGGGAGGCUGGAUUUUGCGUGAACCAGUGAGUUCGGAAGAUGAGGUUUAG